GUUCCUCUUUCCCCUGGGCGGCCGGCGGUGAUAUCCGUUGAUGGUCAUCGAGCUACUAUAGAGUGGUCCCCUCCUACACUCGAUCCAAAAUCUGCCCCUUUGGCAGGGUAUCAAGUGGAAUACCGUGUCUACGGCACUGUUGAUUGGAUGGUUGCGAACGAUACUUUGGUACAAGAGUGCAGCUAUACAGUUGAGAAUCUUCGACCGAACGGUGUGUAUGAGUUUCGAGUUCGUGGACGAAAUGCUGACGGCUUAGGAGCACCAAGUCGCUCUUCGGGAGCUACUCAUAUCAAGCCCGCAGCACCACAACGUGGAGCCGGUUCACGACCUAUUGCCGCUGGUCUUCGACCACCAGGACAACCGCAGUUGGUUGAAGCUGAUAUGGAAUGGGUAAAAUUGGAGUGGGCUCAAUCCGAUGAAGGUGCAGGUUACAUAGUCGAAUUUCGAGAAGUUGGAGAUCCAAACUGGUACACGGCUAAUCAACAUCCUAUCAUCCAAAAUUGUAUCCAUGUGGAGGGGCUUCGCCCAGGUUCUACUUAUGAAUUUCGGGUUAUAUGUGUUGCUGGAGAUUCAGCCUCUGUACCUUCCGAAGUGUCUGAUGUCAUCUCAUUACGUCCACUUUGGAAACCUACCUCAAUGCGCGGUGUUCCCGCGAGACCUCAAGCUCCUGAAUAUUUAGAAAUUGAUGGUGAAAGAAUAACGAUAUGUUGGCUUCCAGCUCAUAGCACUCUUCCUGUUUUGGGUUACGAUGUCGAAUUUCGUGACUUCCAACAAGAUGCGGGUUGGUAUAAAGUCAAUGAUCAGCCUGUCCAUGCCUGCAAAAUGACAGUUUGUGCCGAUAGAACAUCACUGAAGAAGUUAGCUGAUUGCGCUUUCUGUUUGCAUCCCCUUAUCUCUGCCGCAAAUGACCUGAAGCGCUUGCAUCAAUCCACGCCAAAUCCUGCUUUGCAAACUCUGCACCAUAUUGGCGAUUUGAUCGUCGGACAUGAAUAUCAGUUUCGAGUGUUGGCUCACAACGUUGUCGGCUGCUCGGAGCCUUCUGAACCGUCUCCGCCGGUUACGAUCCAUGCAAGUGCAACUGGUGAUGCGAAAUACGUUGAGGCGGAAAGGUUUGGAGCGAUUAGGCUACUUCAGGAGGAAAUGAUUCGAGAAUCUCCGCCACUUCCUGAAAGAGAUGACUCGCCUCCACCUCUCCAUCGAGGGAAAGUGCAAUGGCGCGAUCCUUCGCUCAAAGAAGUUAUCGACUACCUCGAUAAUCCAGAUAGAGAAAAGCAGUUGAAUGCCAGCGGUUAUCUGCAACACCUAACGUACAGCGAUAAUCUGAUCAAGGACGAAACCAGGGAAUAUGGUGGCAUUCCAAAGCUGAUACAGCUGCUGAGGAGUGAACUUCCAGUCAUACAAAAGAAUGCUUGUGCUUGCCUUAAGAAUCUAUGUUAUGGGAAGGAAAAUGACAAGAACAAGGUAGGAGGUUUUCAAGUUUAUUUUCAAACCUGUGCUUCGCCUCCUUCGAAGAGGUCGUACUGGCACUUCCUCGUAGUUAUGUGCACCGUCAUAAGUAUUGGAGUUCUGAUCUUAUUUCACGUUUUGUUAAAAGGGAAUGGCAUUGAUAUAUAUUCCGACUGUAGAGGCCAUCCAUAACC